AUGCGAGUCCAGCACGUGGCACUCGUGGCAGCUGCAGCAAUGGCUUCAAGUACUCAUGGUCUUCAAGGUGCCCCUGAUUCGGCAGAGUCUCCAUCGCUGCAGACGAUUGUCGAGGCCAAGCACGAGCCUCUUGUCGACAGCAGAAUCGACCGAUUCCUGAUAAGUGAAAGUAACGAUCUACCGCUUCUGGUGGCCUCAGCUGGGUACGCUCUGCCUUUAUCGCUACAGGAAGGAGGCAAUGGCAGGCACCUGCGUGUCGAAAAUGACGUCAGUCCUGGUGAAACCAGGUCCUGGGGAAAUAGCAAGCGAACGGAAGAGCAGAAGCCUGGCUGGCUUACACGAAUAUAUCGUUAUCUCUGGAGAAAGAUAUAUAAAGAGUGA